ACAAGAAAUUUUUAGCCUCAGCUUGUUUUGGAUUUUCCCUUCGCUCUGCUGUUUGCAUGCUUUAGGUCACAGCAUCGGACAUCAACGCUUAUAAAAGUCCAUACGCAAUUGGUAUGCAGUUUAGUUAUAAAUUUGAUAUAUCGUGCGAUAGUUUGUGUGUGAUUCAAGUAAUUAUGGGAAAUUUCAAGUUAUCCGGCUUUGCGGCUCUGCUGCUCCUCGGCGUAUGUGCUACACCCACAAGAGCUCAUUUCAAAAAGUUCGGUGGCUUUGGUGGCGGUUUCGGUGGUGGUUUCGGCGGUGGCUACAGUGGUGCCUAUGCCACUAGCAGCGUGGUGAACAAUUAUCAAGUAGCUCCCGUACCUGUGCCAGUACCUGUGACAGUACCACAACCUAUUCCAAUACACAUUACUAAAGUUGUACCUGUACCAGUGCCCGUGUCGGUGCCUGAGCCUGCUUGGCCCAGCGGCGGUUGGGGUGGCGGUUAUGGCGGUGGGCAGAGUUUUGCAACUGCCUCCGCUUCGGCAUCAAGCUUCGGUGGUGGCUAUGGCGGUGGCUUAGGCGGUUUGGGCGGCUACGGUGGACAUGGUGGUGGCUUUGGUGGUUUUGGCAAACAUGGAUUUGGCGGUUUUGGUGCGUGGAAACGUCGUUAAUUAUUUUUAGUUUAAUUAAG